AUGAGAUUGUAUUUAGGUCCGCCCAAAUCUGUUGAACUCGGUGAACAACUUGUUUCUUAUUUAAUUCAUUUUCAACAACCAACAUCAUCAAUUGUUGAUUGGCUUUGUGCAUUAAUUGAUGCACAUUUUUCAUCACUUGUUCUUGCCAAACGGAAUGAAAUUCAUUUAAUAGAAAAAUUUGUUCACGAUCGUUUAAAUACGUUCGAUUUACUUCAAGGUUUAAAUACAAUAAAAAAAACAACAUCUGCAUCAACAACAACAACAAAUAAAAAAGUUCUUGAUAAUUUUUAUAGUCUUCAAAGGAUUCAUUUCAAAUAA